GUUCCGGUCUGAACGGGCUCAGUCCAUCUCGAAUAGGAUUUUUUUUCGGUUACUUUUUUUUUGUUUUCAGUCGAGGGAAAUAACUUGACAAAACUUAAGUCAAGUGUCAUUCGACAGCCGUCUGUAAUUUGAGGAGUUUUUCUUCUUCGGUAAAUUUUUCCGCUUGCGCACCAAGUGUUCAUUCAGAGCAUGUGUUUUAGUGGCGAAGAGAGUGAAUAAGAGUGACGGAUCGUGUUACAAAUAGAAUUUAAUGCGAUUUACUUUUUAACUGAAAAUCUUGAUGUGUUUACUCUUUUGAACCCCGCCAGAGCUGCAUAUCCUAAGAUCGAGCCGUCUUAGUCUGCAUUGGUCCUGCGCUGGGACUGCACGUGUUCGAGCAGUUAGUCAGUGAGGCAGAGUGUAACGGAUUGACCGGCUAGAAUAUAACUCCAAACAAUCAUGGUCACUAAAGCAAGUAUAUUUAUCCUGGCUGUAAUCAGUAUCGUUCCUUCGGAAGUAUUCGCCCAGCAACGAGCGGUAGAUGUUACGAACCAAGAGAUUCGAGAUGCGAUCCUGUCCUUGGUGCACUCAUAUAACCUGCUGGAUAACAAGCUGGAAAGACACGAACAACGGGAGCGGUCCCUCGGAGAGCAAGUGAAAAAGGGCCUGAUUACGUUGCAGAAAAACCAACGGAUAUUCGAGCCAAUGAAGGGCACAAUAACACGAUUGGAGGAGCGCGUUGGUAGUAUCGAAACGGCACUGCUGAAUCAAGAUGAGAAACACACUAUACAACAGAUGAAACUGGACGAAACACUUGAGGGCGUUCUGCGUUGGCUGACUGACAAUGCGCACAUGCUCGAGACUCGCGUCAUCACGGAACCGCGCCAGUACGGGGAUGGUGACGGACUCGGCGGAAAAAUCGAUGAGCUUACCGAAAGUAUUAGAGAGCUGCGGCGGGAGAUGGCGGAACUGAAGUCAGAUAGAGAGUCCCUCGAGCAAACAAAUCGCAACCUAAUCCAGCAGGCAGAAAAACUAGCAAACGCUAAGCAAGGUUCGGCGUCGGAUGAGAUUUUAGGCAAAAUUGAGGAACGCCUGUCCUCGUAUUACAAUAAUCCCGUUGUAAUCAGUCAUUCGAACGUCGACUUCGAGGAGAAGGUUAUCCGGAAGCUGGACACGCUUGACGCCACCGUCAAGGAAAGUCAAUCGAGUGCGCUGUCGACUGUUGGUAAAGGGCAAGAGUCAUCGGUAGAUAAAGAGUUCAUUCAGGGCUUGGUCAAUGAAACGCUGGAAGCGAUCGAAGACAUGCGUCUGGAGGUGUUGACAGCGUCCGAUAAGAGCUUCUCGAAGACGGCGACCCGCAUCAAGGAGAACAACGAGGUACUGCAAGCGUCGGUGAACGAAAUCUUGAAGACAUUGUCCGAGGAGAUUAUCGAUACGGAAGCGUUCUUCUCCGGAACGAAGAAAGAUAUCGGUUCGUUGAAGGAUGAGAUUGCGGCACUAAGUAGAUUGGAAAAGUUCUUGCUACAGACGGGUGAAAACGUGUUAGAUGCCAAGCGUGGUAUUGAUUAUGGAAUUCAUCAGAUUCUACGAGAAGUGACCGAAGUGGUGAAGGCCAACUCGAAGGAACUCAACUCAACAGUUACCAAGCGAUUCGACGAAAUUGGUGCAACCAUUUUGGAUAACCACAAUGGUGCGUUGACUAAUUUAAGCUCAAAGAUAGAAACGGAAAUCAGCCAGGUUUGGCGCCAGAUCGGUAUUAUGUAUCAGGAGAUCUCAUCCAGCAAGCAAGCUUUGGAUCGUUUACAACAGCAGACGGAAGCCUAUGUGAACGGAACGUUAACCACUAUGGAUAGCAUGGAAGGAAAGGUUUCUCUAAUCACCGGACGUAUGGCCGAGGUGGACUCCAAUCUAAACUAUCUGCUGGGUCGUCUAUCGCUGGUGACACAGGAAUUCAAUCUCAUCAAGACCGGGCUUGGUAAGGCGCUAGAUGAAAUUAAAAGUAGUUUCAACGAGGUACAGGAGCGCGUCAAAGGACCGGGACCGCAUAAAAUUUCCUCCGAGGAAGUCGACGGAGAUUUUAGCAAGUCGCCCUCGACCAAGUGAGAGGCGUCUUCGUAACGCAAAUGCAUGUUAGAAUAAAUUUUCGGAGGUAUAUUUUUUCAUCAACCAAAUAAGACUACUACCUACUACCAGUAGACCAUGUGUGCUUAGAAAACAUAGAAAUGUAAUACUUACGAGUAAAAUAAAAUUGACAGUUUUAUUGUAUUAGUGAUAGGUCAAUUUCAUGUAAUACUAAAAGAUGAAAAAUAAAUAGUGGUAAAGAUA